AUGGCGCAAGCCAACACAGAUGCCCCAGCUCUGCGCAAGGAGCACCCCGCUGAUAAGAUUGGUCCCAAGCUUGUCAACGAGACCGACAAGUUACAAAACAAAUACCACCCAAAUGCAGGAUCAAGUGCUCCAGAGAAGAAGAAAGGCCCCGCAGGCGGCUUUGACGACACGCCGAUUCCCUACGCGCCGCCCGGAUACACGUUGAAAUUCACAUUUCACAAAGCCGAAAACCUUCCCUUUGCCGACCUGAACACGCUCUCUUCGGACCCUUAUAUCCUCGCCGUUCUCAAGUCAGACCUUGUCAAGCGUCACAAGCAAGACCCGGAUAUGUGCAUCCGCACGCCGACCAUCCACCGCAACACAAACCCAGAAUGGAACACCGACUGGAUUGUUGCCAACGUACCGAGUUCAGGUUUCCACCUGAAAUGUAGGUUGUAUGAUGAAGACCCGUCGGACCACGACGAUCGCUUGGGCAACGCGCACAUCGACGUCUCGAGCAUCGACGAGAACUGGAAGGGCUUUUCACGGCGAAGCUUUGGAUUGAAAAAGCGCAUGGGCAGUAAGCGCGCAUACACGUUUCGCGGGUGCGCUGCGCUCUUCUCACGAAACAUCAAGAUGGACGGCCAUUUGAUCGUGAGUGUUGAGAACCUUGGGCGCACAAAGGACGAGACUGGCGGAAGGAUGUAUACCGUCGGACCUCUGGCUUGGAGCCGGCACUACUCUCCACUCAUAGGACGGCUGGCCGGGACCAAAGAUACAGAAAUGGGCAAAGACGGCAAAGAGACGCAGAGAUACAAUUUUCAAGCCGUGCAGAUGCAAUUCCGUGGUCCGGUGCCCGCAGACCUGUACCAUCGAUACGUGGAGUUCAAGCCCUUUGUUGCGGGUAUGUUCACGUCUCAUUCCCUUCGAGGGAGGCUACUCAAUCGCGCACUUCAUCAUCAACACUCCCGGAUAUACAACUACGACCGGAUGACAAAGUACGGCACGUUCCCGGAGCCGACCGUUGACAUGACAAAAUUGUUCCUUGACCUGGUGCAUUAUGACGAGGGCGGCCGAAUCUUCACGUACGUCCUAACUCUGGACGGCAACUUUCGAUUCACGGAAACGGGCAAAGAAUUCGGCAUCGAUCUUCUAAGCAAACAUACCAUGCACAGCGACGUGAGCAUAUACAUUGCCUGCAGCGGGGAAUUCUUCGUGCGGAAAAUCCGACAUCCCAAGACGGACAGCAACGAGAAGGACGUGGACCCCUUGGAAGGCACGCAUAAGCCUGCUCCGGAAAGCGGGAUGGCGGAGGAAGAGAGGCAGAACCGGGAAAUCGAUCGACUUGCCAUCAAUCAGGACAGCGACGAGGACGGUGUUCAGAACGACGAGAAGGAUAAUGCCGACGCUGACGAGAAGGAGAACGACUCACAAGAUGCCGUGACGCCGCCGCCGCCGUCGAGCAGAAACGGCAAGGACAAGGAGAAGGACAAAGACGAGGGUUCUGAAGGCACCGACGUGCCCAUCGAGAAGUCGAGCAAGGACACGGACCCUUCACACUACGUGCUGAUCAUCGACAACGACAGUGGGACCUACAGGCCCAACGGCGAAAAGUUGCAUCUUCUGCGGGACUUUCUGAAGACGAACCUGCCUGGCCUCAAGGUGGUGACGCUGGACUGCCAAGCCGACGCGGAGCGCAUGGACAAGCUGAAGAGCGAGCAACGGGAGCGCAAGAAGGCGACCCGCAAGCCGGUCAUGUUCAUGCAGAAUUCCAGCUUCAGCAGCCUCAGUUCGAGCGACGAGGAGGAUCUCGCCGCGCGGGCGGCAGGAGAAGACCCGAAAGAGCAUCGCUACAAGAAGCAAUACCAUGCCUUCCUCGACGGCGGGACGGACGAUCACCACGGGCGACGGGACGCCGCCGCCGCCGGCGGAACGUCGACUGAUGAACAGACGGAAAAGGGUACACCACCUGUUGAGAAUGGACGUGUCAUUGAUGAUGCAGAGAAUCCGGUCCCCCCGGACGCCUCGGACGAAAAGCAGUGA